AUGCUGCACUGCAGUGGCAAAUGCCGCAUUCCAAGCUUCAGUGCCGACUUGAUUACUCGAGGUUGUGCUCAUCAACUGCAGGAACUGUCAUUCCCAGGGCAACCCAUAUGAUCAUCACAACGUGAGUGUCGUCAUUUCGCUUAGUCUACGUUCAACCAGCAGUGGCCAAAUUGUAUCAUAGUCAGUCUGUGUCAUCCGAUAUUCGCCCAAGGGAUCCCCCGCCGUAUGAUAUGUUUUUUUCCUGGGCGCAGUGGUAUCGCGUUUGCACAGUGAAGCUGUAUCGGAACGGGCCGCUACGUUUGGCUUUCUUGUCAACCUGGCUGAAGCUGUCGUGCCUGUCUCCCUUGACGCGCCUCAUAAUUAAUAGUCAUCGGAGCAGUAUCACGUUGGGCACAUCGUUGAGCCGCAAGUCUGUACAGGCCAUCCUAUCAAGGAAAUUUGAGUUUCUGGAAAUCAUUUUCUGGGACUUCCUGUACAAAGCUUUCAAAUCUUGUACGCUGUGAUAUGUCAUGGAGAUCCUCAAAUAUGUGUACCGUCUGGGUGGUUGAAGCCUUCUGUCCCAUAUACAUGUGGUCACAACAUGGCGUGGAAAUCUUGACGUGAUUGUCCUUUGACGCGGUUCGACUUUUUCCGUAGGUAUCCAUCAUGCAGUAAGCAGGUGCCGUGACAGGGGUAGCACAUGGCAAUGGUCGGGAUAGAGUAACUUCGAAGACAGUGAUGAGGUCUCCACUCGGUGCUGUUAAUGGACUUGUCGAG